UCUUAUUUUGCUCAGCACUUUUGUAUAGCAGGUCUAAAUUGAAUUAAAAGAUAACAUGUUAAAAAAUUCAAUCAACCAAUCAGUAGAUGAUACUUGUAAUUAUACAGAUGAUGUUACUGACUCACUUCCUUUAAUAAAUGAUGAGCAAGAUGUGCAGUUUUUGGGUGCACCAAUCAAAGUUUUACCUGAUGGUCAUUUAACAAUAUACAGUGCAGUAUUUUUAAUUGCAAAUGGAGCAUUAGGGGUUGGAAUGUUAAACUUUCCGCAAGCGUAUUUGGCAGCAGGUGGUGUUAAAGUUGCACUUGCUGUUCAAUCUACUUUGCUUGUUUUUAUCAUUGGUGCUUUUCUUAUCCUUGCAUAUUGUGCUGAUCAUUCCCAAGCUCAAACCUAUCAAAAUGUAAUACUUUUUAUGCUGGGACAACGAGCUCAGAUAAUUUCACAAAUAGUCAUUUGCAUAUACUUUUUUGGAAGCUGUAUAACUUACAUUAUUGUUAUAGGAGAACAGUUAUCAUCAGUAAUUUGUUUCGCCUGCAAUUGUCACAAAAAUCCAUAUACAGAUAAAAGGUUUUUAUUUGCAAUAUUUGGAGUAUUUUUGUUGCUACCUUUAUGUCUUCAACGCAGACUGAAAAUUUUAGCCUACACAAGCUUUUUUGGUGGUUUUGGAGCAGUUUUUAUUGCAUCUGUUGUUGUUUAUCGAUAUUUUGUUGGAAGCAAUGGUUACCCUGCCAACUAUCACUAUAAAGAGCCGGGUCAUGCUGAUUGGAAAAGUGCAUUUGCUUCUUUACCUGUCAUUUGCUUUGGUUUUCAGUGUCAUGUAUCAUCUGUUCCAGUAUAUGCUGAUCUAAAAAAUCGUAGCUUGAAAAAAUUUUUUGUUAGUUCUUUAUUGGCCAUGGUUGUUUGUGCAGGUGCCUACACCCUUGUUGGAGCCUUUGGCUACAAAACAUUUGGUUCUAAUACAAAACCAGAUAUUUUGGAAAAUUAUGAUUCUAGCGAUCAUUUAGUUAUUGCUGCGCGUGUGGCCAUUGUAUUAAUCUUAUGGACUUCAUUUGCUAUUUGUACAUUUGUUGCGAGGACAGUCAUAGAUGGAAUUUUCUUAACUCUUUUUAACAAAACAGAAAAUGAAGCUGAAGAAGCUGAGCAACUUCGACGAUAUGUUCAGACAAUUGUUUGGUUUAUACUUGUGCUUUUCUUAGCUGCUGUAGUUCCAAAUAUUAGUGUAGCGAUCGAUUUUAUUGGUGGAAUCGCAGCAAUGUUUAUAUUUAUAUUUCCGGGUUUUUGUCUUCUUCAGACUGUAAAUUUGAAAAAAGCAUCAUUUCAACGUCAGGACAUUGUUGUAAUAAUAGUAAGCUUUAUCUACUUGAUACUUGGUACAUUUAUUUUUGGUCAAGUUACUGCACUCGCUUUUAAAACACACAUUUUUAAACACAAAACUUAAGGAUGGGUCGUUGUAUUUAUAGUAAUUUCUAUAUUAUUCUAUUUUUAGUUGAUCUAUUUUUUAUGUUGCUUAGUUACUAUUUUCACAGAGAAAAGCUGUUUAUAAUUUAAAGUUAUUUUAAUAUAUUUUUAUAUAAUAUAGUUUUUUUCAACUAAAAUAUUUACUUUUUUUUUUUUAAUUAUCGGAGUAAAUAUUAUUGAUCUGGUAUUCUUAUAUUUAUGAAUUUUUUUUUUUUUUUAAUAUUUUUAGUUUUUUUUUUACAGCAUUAAGUUUGUUUGUUUUUUAUAACAUUAAGUUGUGUCUAAAAAUUUUUUAUCUAUUUCUACUUUUUUAGUUUAGUUUCAUUUUACGUACUUUACUAAUAAUUUACAAUUAAAUUUAUAAACUGUCAUUCUUUUUUUCCAAUUUCGAUCCAAUUGGCUGUAUAGUUAGGUUACAGAUUACAGACAAUGAUACGUUUAAAGUAGUUUUGUUUUCUUGAUAUGUCAUCAUAAAUAUACGUAUAUUAGACAUGUUGGCAUACGUUAACGAUAAUUUUUAAUUACAAGUCUUUAUAUUAUUAUGAGCUAGAAAUGAUUAUAUUAUUUACAAGAAUGAAGGAGAUAAUGUAUUUAAAUACAUUAAAUAAAAAAAAGAAAGAGAAUGCAUUCAGCUAAAAAUAAAAAAUUAAUUUAAGUCAAUGUAAAAGUUGAAAUUGAAAACAAAAAUUUUUUAAAUUUUAACUUGGAUUUUUUAUAUUCGAUUUUACUUCAAGCGAUCUAUAAUUUAUACCCUAGAAAUAUUUUUAAAACUUAACAACUUUUUAUUAUAUGUAUAUAUUUUAUUUGAAUUCUAGCUUUUUAUUACUAAGACAGUAGAAAAGUAUGGAUUUUUUAAAAUAUGAUAUAAUUUAAAAUAAUGCGGCAACAUAUUAAUUAAGAACGUGUUUAUGGGAAUAUUUAUACGUUAUUUUUUUUAAAUCGUUUUUUUGGAAAAGUGAUAUUAAUUUAAUAACAAUUUACUAAAAACAUUUUAAACUUUAUUUUGUUGCUUAAUAUGUAACUAUUGUUUUUAACAGUUUAUAAUAAAAACGAAAUGAGUUGAUAAAAAAAUUAAAAAUGCAUAUUCUCCCGUACGCAGACACGCUUAGCCCCGCAGAUUUUCAUGGUUAAAUCAUCUGAAAGGACUAAACAAUUGUUUUUAGAAAAGCAAAUUUCUAUCUUGUAAA